AUGGCACCAUUGACUCGCUUCAGAGCCGAUGAGGAUCAUGUACAAUUGCCGAAAUCUCUCGUUUACUACACCCAAAGAGCCAGCACGCCGGGCACGCUCAUCAUUGCCGAAGCAACCUACCCCUCACCGAAACAUACUGGCGGAGAACACUCGCCAGGUCUUUGGUCCCAAGCGCAGAUUGAAGCAUGGCGAAAAGUUACUGAGGCCAUUCACGCCAAAGGUAGUUUCAUCUACUGCCAACUGUGUGCUCCUGGGCGGGCUGGCUCCAAGAACGGAUACUCUCCAUACAGCCCCAGUCCCAUCCCCAUGACCCCGGGAGGCCCGGUCCCUCAAGAGAUGUCGGAGGACGACAUUAUUGAGUGCAUCCAGGCCUUCAAAGUCGCGGCUGAGAAUGCAAUUGCCGCCGGUUUCGAUGGCAUUGAGUUGCAUGGAGCGAACGGCUAUCUGAUCGACCAGUUCACCCAAGAUAUUUGCAAUGUCACGACUGACAAGUGGGGUGGCUCCGUUGAGAACCGUGCUCGGUUCCUUCUUGAGAUCACCAAAGCAUGCGUGGACACUAUCGGAAGCGACAGGGUGGCUGUAAGGCUGAGCCCGUGGUCAACCUUUCAGGGCAUGAAGAUGGAUACGGCGCUUGCGACUGAACAGUUCUCGUACGUUAUUCAAAAGCUCAAAGAUAUUCAACUGUCCUAUCUCCACCUUAUCGAAUCUCGAGUGAUCAACAGCAUCGACACCGAAAAGGUUGAGGGACUAGAGUUUGCAUUUGAUAUCUGGAAGAAUCAGUCACCAGUCGUUGUUGCGGGUGGGUUCGACAGAGACUCUGCUAUGAAGGCAGUGGAUCACGAGUACAAGGAAACGAACACUCUGGUGGCAUUUGGGCGGUUCUUUGUGUCGACACCUGAUCUCGUCUUCCGAAUUCUCCACGGACUCGAGCCCAACCCUUACGAUCGGUCAACGUUCUACACGCCAGUCCAAAGCAAAGGUUACAUCGACUAUCCUUUCAGUGAAGAAUAUCUGAAAAGUGAGGAGUAUCGGGCCACAAGCAUGCUUAACUAA